UAUUGCCUUAUCAGCUUUCUAGAUUAGUUACGAAAAAGAAGGAAGAAUCUUACAUGUAAGUGAACUUAACACCGUGUAUUCUUGUACACGCCUGUCUGAAGAAUACACUAUUCCUACGGCAUCAAAAUGAAGCUGGCCUAUGAUCUCUAUCAUCCUCCAGAAGGAAAAGAGAACAAAUCACUCUCACCAAUCAUAUUCCUACAUGGCAGAUUGGAUUCCAAAAAAACGUGGAAAAAAUUCGCCCCGGAAAUCGCAAAGAUAACGGGGAGAGAGGUGUAUGCAAUUGAUGCGAGAAACCAUGGUGACAGCCCUUGGAGUGAGGAGAUGAAUCUUGAUGUCCUCAUUAGCGAUCUGAAGGAAUUCAUGAAUGAUCAUGCCAUAGAUAAAGCCAUUCUUAUAGGACAUAGUUUAGGUGGAAGAACUUCUUUGGCUCUUGCUCUCCAAAAACCUGAAACCGUGGAGAAGUUAAUCGUAGAAGAUAUGGAUACGAAAAAUUAUGAUUCUAUUACAAAGCGAACGAUACAACAAAUAAUCAUCCUGUUCAGAGAAUCUCUAAAAGUCAUACCUCCUCAAUCAGAUGAAACAGAAGCUAAGAAAGCCAUUGUAGCAUUCAUUAAGGAUAAAUUACCACCGGCUCAACCGCAGCUGAAAGAAAGAGGUGUUUUUGAGUUGGAUACAAUGCCGAUAAAAAAGGAAGGUAAUACUUAUGCUUGGCAGGCUAAUUUGGACGCUCUAGAAGACAUGUUGAUGUCAGACAAAGGCAACAAACAAUUCUCUGGUAUUUAUGAAGGCGAUGCAUUAUUUUUAUACGGAACGGAAUCCUUUUUCAACGUGAAAGAUGAUGAGGAUAUAAACAAGCUUUUCCCAAGAGCAAUUAAAGUUCCAAUUGAAGGUGCAGGUCAUCUUAUUCAUCAAGAUUAUCCUGAAGAAUUCUUGAAACAUAUUACAGAUUUCAUCUUGAAAUGAAAUAAAGUUUACAUAUAAAACA